UAUUUCUAAACUUCUAACAUUUUACUUAAUGGAUUAUUUAGAAGACAUGCUUUAAAAGGAGAGUAUUAAAUACUUGCAUUGAAAGGCUCUAGCUACAGUGGACUGCUUGAACGACAUCAUAUUCACACCAAAAAUGUAGAGCAUAUUCUAGAUAGUUUACGGAACGAGGGAAUUGAGGUCCGUCUAGUAAAGAGGAGAGAAUAUGAUGAAGAAACUGUUCGAUGGGCAGAUGCCGUCAUAGCUGCAGGAGGUGAUGGCACAAUGCUUCUGGCAGCAAGUAAAGUGUUGGACAGACUUAAGCCAGUGAUUGGAGUGAACACUGAUCCAGAACGGUCUGAGGGUCAUUUGUGUCUUCCUGUUCGCUAUACACAUUCCUUCCCAGAAGCCUUACAGAAGUUCUAUCGUGGUGAGUUCAGGUGGUUAUGGAGGCAGCGUAUCAGGUUAUACCUUGAAGGGACUGGCAUCAACCCCGUUCCUGUGGACCUUCACGAACAGCAGCUGAGUUUGAAUCAACACAGUAGAGCCUUCAAUGUCGACAGAGUUCAUGAUGACAGGCCUGAGGCUUCAGGACCCCAGCUUUUGCCAGUGAGAGCACUAAAUGAAGUCUUCAUUGGGGAGAGCCUGUCAUCCAGAAUGUCAUAUUCUUGGGCUGUAGCAGUGGACAGUUUAAGAAGAAGUAUACCCACUCUAAAGGGACUGGCUUCCUACUAUGAGAUUUCAAUUGAUGAUGGUCCCUGGGAAAAACAGAAGAGUUCAGGGCUCAAUUUGUGCACUGGAACGGGAUCAAAGGCCUGGUCAUUCAAUAUUAACAGGGUUGCAACUCAGGCUGUGGAAGAUGUUUUAAAUAUUGCAAAACGACAAGGAAGUUUAAGUCUUCCAUUGAACAGAGAACUGGUAGAGAAAGUAACAAACGAAUAUAACGAAUCGCUGCUCUAUAGUCCGGAAGAACCAAAAAUACUUUUCAGUAUUCGAGAACCAAUAGCAAACAGAGUUUUCUCAAGCAGUCGUCAGCGUUGUUUCACCUCAAAGGUUUGUGUCCGUUCUCGUUGUUGGGAUGCCUGUAUGGUUGUGGAUGGAGGCACUUCUUUUGAGUUUAAUGAUGGAGCAAUUGCUUCAAUGAUGAUCAAUAAAGAAGAUGAGCUUCGAACUGUGCUUCUAGAACAGUGAAGGAUUUCCUCAGACGAGACUUUGAUUACCAGAAAAAUACUUGCACUGCUGAAACAGACCACCGGUCAGAAGCUACAUCUUUGGGUUACUGUUGAGACUGGUUGGCCCUGGGCUCAAAGGUGACUAAGAAAGUGAGAUUUGUAUUAUUCUUCUGUGGGGUUCUGAGGGAAAAGAUGUUCACUCUGUAAGAAAGUGGAUGGACUAAACUUUAGAACUGAUACCAGUGAAAUUUCUAUAUUACUUAUGAGUGGUAUUCAAGAGUACUUGGUAUCUUUUAAAUUUAGAGGUGGGUUCAAAAUAAAGGAUUAAAUGUUUUCUUCCCUUUCCUCCUAACUUUGUGGAAUUGGUCAGAACAACACCUAUCAUUAGUAUAACACCUUCAAAGUAUAUAUUUUUUAUAGCACCUAAAAAUCAAGAUUUAAAGAAAUUUUUGAUGGAGAAUUUUGAUAAAUCCUGACAUUGACCUAAUUGAAGUAGGUAAAUGUGUUUUUCUAUGUGCUAAGAAUUUUCUAAUUUCAGAACACAAUAUUAUUAUGACUAUUGAUUUAAGAAGUUCAAACAAUCAUUUUUAAAAUUAUUUAUAGUUUUCAUUUGACUUUCAGGUUAAUUUUGACAAUGCAGGGUGAAGUACAUAUAACUGGACAGAAUCACGAUGCUGUUACAAAUUAUUAAUUAUCCCAUAGCUAUUUUAGGUGAUAGGCAAUUUUUUAAAAAAUGACUUGAAUAUAAUAGAUUUCUUCCAUAUUUAAAAAUCUCUUAACAUGGAUUCAAAGACAAAAGGAUGAACUGAUUUGCCAUAUUCUGCUAGGAGUUUGGUCAAACCUCUCAAAACUAUUUUUAUCUACUUUUAAUACCAUGGUAGUUUUCACCUAGCUCAUAUUCCAAGUUUUCACAUUAGCUUUGGAGGAUAAAAUGUUAUGGCCUUUUGUCCCCCCAUGAGAAUUAAUUUUUUUCUAAUUCUUGACCUACUUAUAUGUAACCCUAGACUUUUCACAAAAAGCACCUAUUGCUGCAUCUUGAAAUCUUUGGUAGUCUCAUGCCAUUUAUUCAAUCAUUGAAAUAUUUAUUGAAUACCCAUUCUGUCCCAUGUACUGGUUCAGUUGCUGGGUAUUCAUUGAUGACUGGAAUGGACUAUCCUGAUAGAACGUGAGUCCAGUGAGCUCAGAAGUAAAUUCUGUAAAAGUGAGGAUGCACAAUCCAAUUGAGUGCUCUUGGUUUUGCCAACAUUUAACAUGUUCUUGUCAAACUUUUAAUAUAAAUGUUACUACACAAAAGUAAUCUAGGCUUUGAUGUAUAUCCAGAACAAGAAUGUUUUUCUUUUCCUAAUUAAGAGUAUCUGUAUACUCACUAGCAAACAGUUAACAUGAUGCAUUCAGUAAAUAUUAGUGUUUUCCCAGAGCUGGUCUAGUUUCUGGUUUGAUUUACAAGUGAUAUAUUAAAAUCUACUUUAUAAAGUGAAAUUCUACAGUAUAGAAACUCCCUUAAUAAGUUUAAAAUGCCUUGACAAAAAUGCCAACUCCAUCUUUAAUAUCAAGGAAAUCUGUCCAUGUGGUACCAUAGAUCUGUUAAUAUGUAACAUAUUAAUAGGUAACCUGCUGUGUAAAAUUGUUCGUGAGCCAUAUUUCAAAGGUUUAAAAAUUGCUUAAUGUGCUCCAUUUGCAAUAUAACUCCUAAUAUUUCUGCUCUGUGGUGGGGAUUUAUUUGUAAGAGAUGAUGAGAGGCAAAGGAUGUUAGAAUAGCAAAAAUGUUUUUUGAAUUAACCUUUAAUGGCAACAAGAUGUGAAUAAAAUUAAACUAUUGCUAUCUC